AUACUAUGAGGCCAAAGGUGGAAUUUGAACAGGUGCAGUGAUGGCAAGAGUCAUUAUUCAACACAUUCAGAGCAAGAUGCCUAUUUCCUUUUAGUGCCUUUAAACAGAGUUCCCAUCACCUUCUUCUGGUCAUCCACUGCCAGAGAGAUGUGUAUGAAGUAAACAGAAACACCCUCAGCAACUGGCAAGAACAACCAGAUAAAUGGGAUGGCAAAACCUAAGCAGCAUCUCCGAAUUUUUCCUCCUGGGACUCUCAGAGCAGCCAGAGCAACAGGAGGUCCUCUUUGGGCUCUUCCUGUCCAUGUACAUGGUCACAGUGGCAGGCAACCUCCUCAUCAUCCUGGCCAUCAUCACUGAUGCUCAACUCCACACACCUAUGUACUUCUUCCUGGUCAACCUCUCCCUCACUGACACUGGUCUUGUGUCCACUACAGUCCCCAAGAUGCUGGCAAACAUAUGGAUCCAGAAUCAGGUCAUCUCUUAUGCAGGUUGUCUAUCACAACUAUAUUUUUUUAUACUGUUUGGGAUACUGGAGGCAUUGCUCUUAGCAGUCAUGGCCUAUGACCGCUAUGUGGCCAUAUGCCACCCACUCCAUUACACUAUGGUCAUGAGCUCUGGGCUCUGUGUCCUCCUAGUGUCUGCAUCCUGGAUCAUGAGUGCCUUUUGCUCCCUCCUACACACACUGUUGAUGAACAGCCUGUCCUUCUGUGCAGAGCACAAGAUCCCACACUUCUUUUGUGACAUCAACCCUCUUCUGAGAUUGUCCUGCACAGACCCCUUCAUCAAUGAACUGGUAAUCUUCAGCAUCGGAGGUGUCACGGGCCUGGUGUGUGUGCUUAGCCUGAUUAUCUCUUACACAUACGUUUUCUUCACAAUCUGGAAGAUCCCCUCCACUCAGGGGAAGCAGAAAGCCCUUUCUACCUGCAGCUCUCAUCUCUCUGUGGUCUCUCUAUUCUUUGGGACUACCUCUUGUGUUUAUUUUAGUCCACCCUCAACCCACUCAGCACCAAAGGGUGCAGUUGUGUCAGUGAUGUAUGGAGCAGUAACUCCAAUGCUGAACCCUUUUAUCUAUAGCUUGAGGAACAGAGACAUCAAGUCUUCCCUGAGAAAGCUAAUUUGGAUUAGGAAAAAUUAUCCCCCUUGGUAG